CUUUAAAACAACAGAGACUCUGCACUUCAAGGAUAUGGAUGAAUGGGAAGACUAGAAUAUUUGUGGGUUUGAAUUCCCUUAGUUGCGUGAGCUUUCUGUUGUUAAAUGUCUGAAACUACUGGGAAAAUUGCCCAGCUAUCUGCCUAAAAUGAAAAUGCUUACGAUCAGAGAAUGUUGGCAAUUGGUGGUUUCAUUUCAAAGCCUUCCGCUGAUCUCUAAAUUGGUAAUCAAGGGACGCAGAGAAGUGGAAAUGGGUGUAGGCUUUAGCUCACUGAACUACAUGACAGUUUCUGGAGUUUCGUUUUCAUUUCCACUAGAAGAGUUCAUGCAAGUGUCAAGGAAGUUAAAAAUGUUGAGUUUUGGUGAGGAUCAUCUGUAUGAUCCACCACAAUGGUUUGGAGGAUUUUCCACAUAUGGUGGAUGAAAAUGAAGAGUUGCUGCAAAAGUGCAUGUCUGAAAGUGAAAUUGAGAUUCCACGAUUAACUGAUCGUGAAAGGCUCGAGAAGCUACGGCAAUGGCUUUUAAACCUUAAGUCUUUGAGAAAGCUAUUUAUUGCAAGCUGCCUAAGAAUUGUUUCUUUGCCAGAUGCGGUGAUUUACAGCAGUUUAUAUCUUGAAGAGUUGAAAUUCAGAGAUGUGAGACUCUGAUUUCCAUUGGAAGACAACAGCUACCUUCAACACUAAAAAGGUUAGAGAUUAUUCGUUGCUACAAAUUGCAGAGGCUGCUGGAUGAGGGAGGGACUUGUUCCUGUUCCAGGAAUAAGGAGGAGGAGAGUAUCAGCUGUGACACUAACGCAUCUAAUCUCCAAUGUUUGAUAAUUGAUGACUGUAACUCUCUUACAUUCUUAGGAGAGUUACCUGCUUCCCUUAAACGUCUGGUUAUCACACAUAUGGUUGUCAUGUAUCCCAUAAUUGGUGCAGUUGGACAAGGUACAAGGUUAGAGUCAAUAGCUGAAAGGUUGGACAACAACACAUCUCUUGAAUCUAUUGAAAUCACAUAUCUUCAAAAUCUUAAUUCUUUACCAGAGAACUUGCACAUGCUCUCCAAUCUCCACCAUAUUUGGAUAUGUCAAUGUCCACAUCUCAUUUCUUUCCCUCAAGGAGGAUUGCCCAUCAUCCAUCUGAAAAGUGUCACAGUUGAAGACUGCGAGAAACUCGAGACCCUUCCUGAUAACGUGCGCAAUCUCACAUCUCUUCAAACAUUGAUGAUAAUUAAUUGCGCAAGUUUUGUCUCUUUCCCUCAGGGAGGGUUGCCCAUCAAUCUAGAAACACUUGAAGUUGAAUCAUGUGAGAAACUCGAGACCCUUCCUAAUAACAUGCACUAUCUCACAUCCCUUCAAGAAUUGACAAUGAAGAAUCGCCCAGGCAUUAUAUCCUUUCCAGAAGAAGGUUUCCCCACCAACCUGACUUCACUUUGUAUUAUCAAAAACGUCGAGAUCUGCACUGCUCUGUUUAAUUGGGGUUUGCACAGGCUCACCUCUCUCAAGAAGCUCGGUAUUACUGGCAGAUGUCCUGGUGUGGUGUCCUUUCCACAGGAUGAGAUAGAUAUGAAUUUGCCUACCUGUCUCACCAGCCUUACAGUCUCGAAGGAUUCGAAGAUCUGAAAUACCUUUCUAACAAAGGUUUUCAAAGCCUUGCCUCACUUGAAUGUCUGACGAUCGAGAGAUGCCUUAAGCUUGUCUCCUUUCCAAAGUAUGGUCUGCCUCCCUUUCUUCUGGAAUUGUAUAUCUACUGCUGCCCUCUACUUGAACAAAGGUACCAGAAGGGUAAAAAGCAACAGUUGUCAGAAUUAGACCGCAUUCCAUUUGUGGAAUUUGAAUAGUACACAAGAAAAUCAAUUUUGAAAGAACUCGAGCUAGAUUAUCUAUUUUCAUGAUGCAUGCUUCUUUUCUUUAUUUUUUCUUUUUAAUUUAUUUCUUUAACGUCUGCAGAUUUAUAUAGUGGCAGUGAAGAGGGAGAAUUGGGGUUUGAAAGCUUGAGCUUAAUCCAGACCAAUUGAAGGACUGGAAAAACGUUAUUCAUUUCUACACAACUAAGAUAGCUUUUAAGUUUUGAUUCUCCAAUCUCCAAGGCCAAGAAGCUCAAGGCCUGACCAAAGAACUAAAAAUAACAAGUCAUCCUGGCAUCAUAUCUUCUCAUCAAUAUCCCCCUUUCAUCGAGCAAAAAGUACCAUAUCAAGACUCUGGUGAAUUGUAUAUAUUGCUGCGUUCACAAGAUUUUUUCUGUCUUGUUCUGUUGCAUCACUGCAAAAUGUACUAUCAUAUUGGUCACUUGCAGAAGUUUACCCUUUUGCUUCUCUUCAACACUCGAUGAUCAGUCAUAGAAAGGAAAAUUUUCCCCUUUCUGCAGUGCUUUUGCUCUGAAUUUGUCUUGCUCCAUUUUCAGCGACCAAUAUUGAAGAUUAUAUCAUAAUGGUGUUCAAAACAUGAACUUCAGAAAAAUGACAUUUUAGAAAAUGGGAAAAUUAACAAAUAUGAGACAGUUUAGUAUCUCAUGUUGGUCCAGCAAUGGCUCUAAAAUUCUUUGUUCAAUAACUCCAGCAAGUACUUGGUCUACCUAUCACUUUUUCUGGAACUUUGGCAGACACAUCGACCCAUCAUUGAAAAAUCCAAUGGACCCAUCAUUGAAAAAUCCAAUACGCAUUAAAGAGUUAAAAUUAGAUGAAUUAUUUACCAACUCAGUUAUAAGCUGUGCUCUGUUCAAAGCAUAAAAUCCUUCUCUUCUCUGCAGCUUCCUUAAUGUUCUUUUGCUCCCCUGCCUGUGUCCUCCUCUGUUUUUCUCUCUGUCCAAGCUCUUUUUCCUACUCAAAAAGAGGGUGAU